AUGGAGAACCUCAGUGAACUCCAGAACCCGCUGCUGGACAAAAACAGUAAGCAUAUGGUCAACGGUUAUGGCGGAGACUUUCCAAAUAACCAAUACCAAGAAAACAUUAUUAAUUACUUUGCUGGAGGGGGUGGAGGAGGUGAGGGGGAGGGAGGAGGAGGAGGAAAAGGGAGUAAUGGCAAUGUAAUGAGUGGAGGAGGAUACAGCACCAACGGGAAGAUUAAGUCUCAGCAGUUUCUGGACGCCACCUCGUUGCAUCUGGCGGUGGAGGCUUUCUACAGGCCCAACUUCAUCCUGUACAAGGAGGACAGCGGCAGCAUCAAGGCGAAGGAAUACAAAAGUGAGUGCUGUGAGACAACCUUCACAGAGAAGAAGGAAAAGGAGGCAUCCAACACACCAGGAGGGGAUGCACCUGGCAUGGAAGACCCUCAAACCAAACUGCUAGAGGAUGGUGAACAUGUCAAGAUUCAAACAGUUUCAUACGAGGUGGAGGAGGAGGAGUAUGUGGAGUAUGAGACCGACUGCUCCAGUGACAGUGAGAGCGAAGAUAACUUCAUCGUCGUCCCACCUAGAGACCACCUUGGCCUGGCCAUAUUCUCCAUGCUCUGUUGUUUUUGGCCUUUGGGGAUUGCGGCCUUCUACUUCUCACAGGGGACAACCAAGGCAGUGAAUAAAGGUGACUUCCCACUGGCCAACAUUGCCUCCCGGAGGGCUUUGUUCCUUGCUGCUCUCUCCAUCACUAUAGGCACCGGUGUGUAUGUAGGUGUGGUGGUUGCUCUCAUUGCCUACCUCUCUAAACCAGGACACAUAUAGCAGAAGUUCCCUCCUUUCACACAAAUCCAGGCAGCCUGAGAAGAGAACACCCUCCUUGGUCAGGGGGGACAUCGUUGCACCUGCACACUUUGAGGAAAACUUGAUGUGGAUGU